AUGCAGGGGACCCUCGGGCGUGGUGAGAGGGGGCUGCCCCAGAGCCAGCAGCAGAAACCUCCCAGCGCGGGACAGAAAGCCAAGAAGGACUGGCAGCCCCUGGGCCAGAAGCAAACACAUGGCCCUGCCCAGACUGAGGACCUCUGCCCUGCUGCUACUCGGAAGUCGUCCUUUCCCUUCCAGUGGGCCUGGGAGAGUUUCACCUUGGAUGGCCAAGCCACACUUCGGUCGGGUUCCCCUGUGGCUUCUAGCCCCCGAGCCCAGCCAGCCCCAAGUACCCGAAGCCUGCCCUUGCCCCAAGGGGGCCCCCAGAAGCAGCCCAAGUCCAGGCGCAAGUCCACAGCCAGCAUCUCCGAGCCACAGGCCCCGGAGAGGAGCAGACAGCCGGAGACCAGGAACCACCGAGCGGAGCACCGGGGGCCGGUGCGGCCCCGAGACCGUGGUCCCUGGCUGCCCCCAAAGACAUGGGGCCCCGAGUGUGAGGAGGCGGCUGAGCCUGAAGCCCUGGGCACUGAGGAGGCCGAGCAGGGGCUGAGCCCCCGGGAGCUGCCCCAGCUCCCCGUGACUGGGCUGGCCUGGGAACAGGAAGAGGCAGAGGGAGCCGAGGAGGAAGGCGGGGAGCCUCCAGCCUUCCCCAGGAAGAGGGCCCGGUCUCAAAGAAAGGGGCGGCAUUCUGGUGAGGAGAACUCCAACAAGGGUGACCAGCAGGGCGACUGCCCCAGCCCCAGCGGCCUCAGCAGGGAGCAGAGAAGGAGGUCAAGGGCCAAGGAGCUGGAGGGGCCCUGGGACCUGGAGAAGCUGCACAGGCAGUUACAGCAGGAGCUGGAGGAGAAGGGCCUCUGUGGCCCCCAAAAGCAGCCCUGGAAAGUGUUACGGGCCGCUCUCCAGGCAGCUAGCCUCAGUGGGAAGACGCCUGCCCUGGGAGAUGCUGAGCCGUCCCUGUCUAUCAGUCUCCAUAAUCGCACCUUCCACAAACGACAGGAAGCCACCAGGAGCCUGCUGCAGUCCUGGGAGAAGCAGCAGGAGGAGGAGCGGCAGCGGGCCCUCCUGCGGCGCGCCCGGGAGCAGCAGGUGAAGCAGCAGGUGGCUCGCUGCCUGGCAGCCUACGCGCCCCGAAGAAGCCACGGGCCGUCGGCUGCCCAGCGCAAGCUGGAGGAGAUGAGGCGCCAGGAGCGGCAGCGCUUCGCUGAGUACCAGGCAGAGCUGCAGGGCAUCCAGCACAGGGUGCAGGCCCGGCCCUACCUGUUCCAGCAGGCCAUGCAGGCCAACGCCCGGCUCACUGUGACCCGGCGCUUCUCCCAGGUGCUGUCAGCGCUGGGCCUGGAUGAGGAGCAACUGCUGGCUGAGGCCGGAAAGGAAGACACCGAGGGAACCUUCAGAAAACCCAGGAGUCACAGGUCAGUAGGGGUGAAACUGGAGCCACCUUCUCAGAGACCCUCAAGGAUGGAACCCAGACCCCCCAGCAGCCACUCUGACAGACCCUCGACCCCCAGUCUGGAACCAGCGUCCAGGCCCCAAGACACCAAUUAAAGGAUUUAUGAAAAA